AUGUUGCGAGUAGUACUGGUGGUGAUCCUAGUAGGAGCACAGUGUCGUGCUCAAAAAAGCUUCUUUAAAGCUCUUGGUGAUGUGGGGCUCGAUUUGACACCGAAAUGCCAGGAACAGGUUGAGGAGUUAGUGGCGAAUUUUGGCUUAGAUGAAUCUUCAUGGGCGCUUCAAAUGGUGGAUGCAACGUCGAAGGUGCCUUCUGGUCUGCUGAACUACAAUUUUGGCGAAAUGGGGGACUUUCAAGAGUGCGUUGGCACUCAAGGGAGUGGAGACAUCGUGGGGAAGUACUGUCUCGGGUACCUUUCCUUUCCUAAUGGAACGUUCAACGCUUCUGGUGUGGGUACUGGGUCUAUGGUUUCAGCGGCACCUGCGUGGGCGUUGUGUCUACCAAGUGGCUGCACCACUGAAGAUAUGAAUGUCGUUGGAAAUGCGGUACUAUCGCAGCUGCUACAAGACCUAGACGUGAGAGUCGAUUUUUCUGAUCUUUUGUGUCAGACUAUGGACGACGUUGAUCCUAAACUGACUGCCGGAGCAAUAGCAGCAAUAGUUGUCUUGGUGUUGUUGGGUACCACCGUUCUAGUGUCAACUUUGUACGACAUUUACAGCACAUUUUACGUGAACCAAUCCAGUCCAAUGAUAAUCAAAGGUUUCUCGGUUUACACCAAUGGACAGAAGAUUUUUAAAAUGACCACGCCCACGGCUGAUCAGCUUCCGUGUCUGAACGGUUUGAAAUUCAUUAGUAUGAUGUGGGUAGUAGCCGGGCACCAGUUUUCAAUCCCCAUGUACGGAUCAUUAACCAACACCAAAUACCUCAUACAGUGGGCGGAUCACCUCUACAGCAUGUUUCUAAUAAGUGGUACCCUAUCCGUAGACACGUUUUUCACGGUCGGUGGGGCCUUAAUGUCGUACGGUUUCAUGAAAGCGAUGCAUAAAAAAGUCCCUUUUAAUUUAUUUUUAUAUUAUCUUCAUCGGUACCUCAGAUUAACAGCGCCGUUCGCUCUAGUGGUACUGUUCAGUGCCACCCUUCUCAAGUAUAUGGGAUCGGGGCCAAAGUGGCCCCUCAUUUCGCUCUACUUUCAGCAAAACUGCCAAGAUUAUUGGUGGUCGGCACUUUUGUAUGUACAAAAUUACGUCAACGUUUCAAAUAUGUGCGUGGGCCAAACCUGGUACCUUAACAUCGACAUGCAGCUGUACAUCGUUUCUCCUGUCGUACUUUUCGGUCUGUGGAAGUACCCUAAGUUCUGUCUGCCAAUUCUAGGACUAUGUAGUUUAGUGUUUAUGGGGGUUUCAUUCUAUGAAGCAUGGGACAACGACUUACCAGCUAUUUUAUCCAAUUUAUACACUACUCAUGCCACUGACUAUCAAAACGAGUACUACCUGCUGACGCACACUAGAGCCACUCCAUGGGUGGUCGGAGUGGUCUUGGGUUUCUUCCUUUUUAAAAUCAAACAAAAGGAAAUCACUUUGGAACUUAAUCAAUGGGUUGUUUUGGUGGCAUGGGGCGCUUGUUUCGCCACUCUAUUGGCUUGUGUGUUAGGUGGACAUAGUACUCUGCGUAGUCCCGAGUACGACCGCUGGGGUAACGUUCUACAUAUAACUUUGGUACGACCUUUGUGGUCUGUGGCAAUCGCGUGGAUUAUUCUAGCCUGUUGCAAUGAUUAUGGAGGUCCGGUCAACUGGAUCCUCUCCCUUCCUAUAUUUCAAGUACUUAACAGAUUCACCUACGGUAUUUACUUAACCCACGUGACGUUCUUAUACGUUAUUGCGUACGGAAGACACUGGCCUGAUUAUUUUGGCGGGUUUAAUAUGGCGUACCAGUUCUGGGGUACUCUCUGGUUUAGUACCGGCCUCGCCGCUCUGCUCGUGUUUAUGACCGAAUCUCCCAUGAUAGUCGUAGAGAAAAUUCUGUUGGGUAAUUUCGGCAAGAAAAAGAAGUCGUCGCCGAAGGCUGACCCGGAAAGAGGCGUCGAUAAUGCAGCAUAUGAAAGAUAAUUAGUAAUAAUAGUAUUGACAGUGUACCAUGACAAUAAUAAUAAAUAUUUAGAUGCAUA